AUGUCGGAAGUGCCACACUUCGUGCUCUACGAGCAUGCGGCUGGCUAUGCUCUCAUGAAGGUUAAGGAGUUUGAAGAUGCUGGUCUCAUCGUCCAAGAGGUCGAUGCCGCUCAUGCUGACGGAUACAAGUUCUCGCAGAUUAUCGAGCUCGCUUCAUUCGAUCCAUUCAAGAACACUGAAGCUGCAUUGGAGAACUGCAACUCAAUCUCUGAAGGUCUCGCUCAUUCUGAUCUCACUAACUUUCUUCAAAAGUCUUUGCCAAAAAAGAAAAAACACGUUGUGCUUGGAAUCAAUGACUCGAAACUUGCGGGUUCGCUUACCGAAGCGUUCCCAGACCUGAAGCUUGUCUUCGGUGGUGUGAUUACCGAGAUUCUUCGUGGUACUCGUGUCCAUUUUGAACGCUUGGCUAAAAAUCUCCCACAUCACUCCUUAUCGAAAGCUCAGCUUUCUCUUGGUCAUAGUUACUCUCGCUCGAAGGUUAAAUUCGAUGUUCACCGUGUCGACAACAUGGUCAUUCAAUCGAUCGCCCUCCUCGAUCAACUUGACAAGGAUAUCAACUUGUUCGGAAUGAGAAUCCGUGAAUGGUACUCAUACCAUUAUCCAGAGCUCUUCCGCUUGGCUCCAGACCAGUACAAGUACGCACGUCUUGCCGUCGCCAUCCUCGAUAGAAACAAGAUGUCUGAGAAUGAGAACCUCGAAAACGAGAUUCUUGAGAUCCUUGACAACGACACCGAGAAGACUGCCCAGAUUAUCGAGGCUGCCAGAACAUCCAUGGGAAUGGACAUUUCUGACCUUGAUCUUGAGAACAUCAAGAGAUUCGCCGCUCGUGUCUCUUCCCUCAUGGAGUACAGAGGACAACUUCAUGAGUACAUCAAGGAUCGUAUGGAUCACUGCGCUCCAUCGCUUAGCGCUUUGAUUGGAGAACAAGUCGGAGCUCGUCUCAUCUCUCACGCCGGAUCCCUCACCAACUUGGCCAAAUAUCCAGCAUCCACUGUUCAGAUUCUUGGAGCCGAGAAGGCUUUGUUCCGUGCUUUGAAGACUAGAUCUAACACACCAAAGUACGGACUUCUUUUCCACUCCAGCUUCAUUGGAAAGGCCGGAACCAAGAACAAGGGACGCGUUUCGAGAUAUCUCGCUAACAAAUGCUCAAUCGCUGCUCGUGUCGAUUGCUUCUCGGAUACUCCAGUUUCCACAUACGGAGAGUUCCUUCGUCAACAAGUUGAAGACAGACUCGAGUACUUCACUUCUGGAACAGUGCCAAAGAAGAAUAUCGACGUGAUGAAGGAGGCAGAGGAAGCCGCAGUUGAAGUCAAAGAGAAGGUCGUCAAGAAGAAGAAGAAGGCUGCCAAGAAGGCCAAGCGUCUUGCAGAGGAAGCUGCUGGUGCAACUGGUGCUGAAGCUGAAGUUGACGAGGAUGCUCCAAAGCCGAAAAAGAAGAAGAAGAGCAAGGCUGGAGACGAAUAA